AUGAUAAAACUCAUGUAUAACCAACCAUAUGCAAACCAUUGGAUGCCACCAAAUAACCAUUUUGAAGGUGCUCCGCGUAUAGGAAAUGGACAACGGUGGGCGAAACCAACCAGUGACGAAACAUCUUCGGUUUUCACUAAAUCUGAAAAUUUCGAUGAAUUGCGAAACAUUGGUACCAAAGGUACCACGAAUGAUUUCCAACGAAGUAUCGCUAAAACUUUUGCCAUUGUGGCUGGAAUUGCGCUGAGUGUUGUUACUUUGGCAGCUUUGGCAAUGAGUACAUAUUUAAUGAUUGCUUUUGGUAACAUGUGGACGACAACAAUUGCUACUACAGUUACAACAACUAUAACGACAACAACACCACCGUCAGUGUGGACGAUCACGGACAGUCUGUCUAUUGGUCGAAAUCAACAUACAGCAUCGACAUUAGUAAAUGGAAAAGUUUUAGUUGCUGGAGGAUCCAGUGGUGGAGCUUUGUCUAAUGCUCAAUUGUAUGAUGCAUCAACAGGGGUAUGGACGAUUACUGGAAGUCUAAAUAUUCCUCGAUAUCAACAUACGGCAUCGUUAUUAGCAAAUGGGAAAGUAUUGCUUGUCGGUGGUUAUUAUUAUAGCUUUUUGGCUAAUGCUGAAUUGUAUGAUCCAUCAACAGAAGUAUGGACGGUGACUGGUAGUAUGAAUAUUGCUCGAUACCAGCAUACAGCGUCGGUGUUAGCAAAUGGAAGAGUAUUAGUUGCUGGAGGGGAUGAUGGUGGUGGUGCUCUGACCAGUACUGAGCUGUAUGAUCCGUCAACAGGAUUAUGGACAAUCACUAGCGGUUUGAAUACUGGUCGAUAUCAACAUACGGCAACUAUUUUGACAAAUGGAAAAGUAUUAGCUGUUGGGGGAUAUAAUGGCGGUGUUUUGAGCAGUGCUGAGCUGUAUGAUCCAUCUACAGGAUCGUGGACAAACACUGGUAGUCUCAAUACUGGUCGUUUUAGUCAUACAGCGACUAUCUUAACGAAUGGAAAAGUAUUAGUUGCUGGAGGAAAUAAUGGAGGUUUUAUUUUGACCAGUGCUGAGCUGUAUGAUCCAUCUACAGGAUUGUGGACAAACACUGGUAGUCUAAAUAUUGGUCGAUACUCCCACACAGCUACGAUCUUAGCAACUGGAAAAGUAUUGGUGUCUGGGGGAUUUAACGGUGCUACAUUGACUACUGCUGAGCUUUAUGAUCCAUCAACAGGAUUGUGGACAAGCACUGCCAGUCUGAAUGCUGCCCGAUAUCUCCACACAGCAUCUCUCUUAGCAAAUGGAAAAGUAUUAGUUGCCGGAGGAUAUAAUGGUGGCGUUUUGAAUACUGCUGAACUGUAUCAACCUUAA